AAUUGAGUAAUUAUAAAGUAUUCUCCCAGCUUAGCUUUUGUUAGUACUCCAGCUUAAGCAUCAGCAUCAGCAUCAACCCCAGCUCCGGCUCCGGCGACCCGAUCUGUUUCUGGCGGCUAUACUCCCCGAUUGACGAAAAUGAUGGGAGCGAAGAGAAAAGUUGGAAAAUAUGAGCUUGGAAGAACCAUUGGAGAGGGAACAUUUGCAAAAGUUAAGUUUGCGCACAACACAGAGACGGGUGACAAUGUGGCCAUCAAAAUCUUGGCCAAGACUACUAUUCUCAAGCACAAGAUGGUUGAUCAGAUAAAACGAGAGAUCUCAAUAAUGAAGAUUGUCAGACAUCCUUGUAUAGUGAGGCUGCAUGAGGUUUUAGCCAGUCAAUCAAAGAUAUACAUAGUUCUGGAGUUUGUGACUGGCGGAGAACUUUUUGAUAAAAUUGUUCACCAUGGUAGGCUUUCUGAGAAUGAAUCAAGAAGAUACUUUCAACAACUCAUUGAUGUAGUUUCACAUUGCCAUAGUAAGGGUGUGUACCACCGUGAUUUAAAGCCUGAAAACCUGCUCCUUGAUUCCCAAGGAAAGUUGAAGGUUUCUGAUUUUGGACUGAGUGCAUUACCUCAAAAGGGAGUUGAUCUUCUUCAUACAACCUGUGGGACUCCAAAUUACGUUGCACCCGAGGUACUAAGCAACCGAGGUUAUGAUGGUGCAGCUGCUGAUAUUUGGUCAUGCGGCGUGAUCCUUUUUGUUUUAAUGGCAGGAUAUUUGCCAUUUGAGGAGAUAGACCUUCCUUCCUUAUAUAACAAGAUUAAUGCUGCUCAAUUCUCUUGCCCAUAUUGGUUUUCUGUGGGUGCAAUGGCAUUGAUACAUAAGAUCCUUGACCCAAAUCCUGAAACACGAAUCAAAAUUGAAGGAAUAAAACGAGACUCAUGGUUCCAAAAAAGUUAUGUUCCUGUCAGACCCAGAGAUGAUGAAGUGGUGAAUCUGGAUGAUGUUCGUGCUGUUUUUGAUGACAUUGAGGACAAAUAUGUAAAUGAGGAAUCUCGGAAUGAUGAUGGUGGUCCUUUGAUAAUGAAUGCGUUUGAAAUGAUUACACUUUCCCAAGGCUUGAAUUUAUCGGCCUUGUUUGACAGGCGUCAGGAUUAUGUCAAACGACAGACUCGUUUUGUUUCCCGACAACCUGCAAAAGUUAUAAUUUCAGCAAUUGAGGAAGCUGCUUGCUCAAUGGGACUCAAGGUUCACACGAGAAGUUACAAGACAAGACUUGAGGGUGUAUCUGCAAAUAAAACCAGUCAAUUUGCUGUGGUGCUCGAGGUAUAUGAAGUUGCACAAUCCCUUUUCAUGGUGGAUGUCCGUAAGGCCGCUGGAGACACACUUGAAUACCACAAGUUCUACAAGAAUUUGUGUGAAAAGAUCCAUCAUAUAAUCUGGAGAGCAAAGGAAGGGAGUCCUGGCCCUGCUUUGCUUAGAACCAUGACUUGUUGAUCCAGUUUCGAAGCAAAGCAAUACAGAAACCCUUUGUAGAACGGGGGGUUGUGCGUUCGUGCCGUGAGUAACUCUGUUUUCGGAAGCAAAUUGCACAAUCUUGAGCUAUUAUUACUUAGAAAGCAAUAAAACCAUAGCUUAGAUACCAUCUAAAUCAUUAUUGUUAUCUAUGAUGUAUGUAUGUAUGUAUGAUAGCUUCAUGUGUGGGAAAAGAUAAGGUUGUUUGUAGAUUUAUACGUGACAUAAGUUAUGUUGUAAGCCGAUGUACAGUCAAUAAAAAUAGGAAACUUUUGUUCUAUAUAACACGGAUGAGGAAGAAUUACGUA